UUCGAUUAGUAACUAGUAAGCCAAAGUCACCUGUAGUGUGAGUGUCAAAUAUUUGACGUUCUGCGUCAAAAAUAAAAAUAAAAAUCAAAAAUGUAAAAAUUUUUUUUCACUCCUUUCUUUUUAAAUAUUCUCCAAACAUUGGGGGGUUUUUUUCCCUGUGAAACAUUCUCCGAUGACUUAUUGUGCCGAGUUAUUUUUUUUAUCGACAUCUUUUUUUCAAAUGCAAAUACAAAAUAUAUUUGAUACUGAAAAAAGUUCGAGUCGUCGCUCUCAAGACACGUAUGCAAAAAAAAAAUGAUGGAAUUGCACUUGUAAUGUUUCUCGAUAUACACAAAUGAGACAAAAAACAAUAUACACGCAAUUUCCGAGUACACGAGGGACAAUAUAAUCGUAUAUUUUUCCUUGACAUGUCUAUGAAGAAAGAGUCCCCGUGGGAUGUGGAGUUGCAUUUGACAGCAGCUCGUGGUGACGCAGAACGUCUUCAGCUUCUUCUUGACUCUGGACGCGUUCACGUUGACUGCAAGGACAAGGACGGCACAACUCCAUUGAUGUUGUCGGCUGCCGGUGGUCAUUUUGCCAGUGUUGCGGAAUUAUUGCAGCAGGGAGCCGAUCCUAAUGCAAAGAGACUGACUGGAACAAACGCCCUAUUUUUUGCGUCCCAAGGGGGCUUUGUGGACAUUGCGACACUUCUCCUAGAUUACGGAGCUAUUGUCGAUUCUAGCAGUAUCGACGGAGGAACAUCAUUAUUCGUCGCCUGUCAAUAUGGACAUUUAAAAGUUGUCGAAACUCUCAUCGAUCGAGGUGCCAACGUCAAUGCACACAUGAAAGAUGGCGCAACUGCUUUGUUUAUAGCGUCACAAAACGGGCACGUCCACAUUUUAAAUUUACUUUUGGAGCAUGGUGCAAAAAUGGAUGCCACACGAACCGAUGGUGCUACACCAUUGUGGAUCGCUGCUCAAAUGGGCCACGAUCACGUUGUCAAAAGACUUCUGAAAGCUGGAGCAAAAGUAGAUGCCACACGACACGAUGGCGCGACACCACUUUUCAAAGCCGCCCACAAAGGUCACACGGCUGUUAUUGGUGAACUUUUGAAAUAUCGACCAUCACUCGGCAUUCUUCCAAAUGGCGAAAGUGCAUUGCACGCGGCGGCAUUGACGGGACACAUGACAGUGGCGAGACAACUCGUUGGAGCCGGUGCCGAUCCUCUGCUAAUGAAUCAAGAAGGCCUCACACCUCUUCAGUUUGCCAUUCGACACUCUCAGCAUCAGGUCGCCAAUUAUCUGAAAGAAAAAGUUCGUCAGAGGACAUCGACACGCUAAUAUUUUCAACAAGAAAAAAAUGAAAGAAAAAAAAUGAAGGCACUAAUCCUUCUAAACUAUUGAAGAAAACAAGUAUUUUCAAGAUGCCAAGAAAAAAGAAAAUUUGCCUGUGCAAUUUAUAUUGUAAAUAAUCUCCCUAGAAAUCUCCCCUAGAAAAUUUAGAAAUUGUUACUGAUAAAUCAAUUCUAUUGAAAACAUUUCCAUAAUCUGCGGGAGAAAAUGAGAAUAAUCGAUUGAAAGAAAGUAAGAAACUAGUUAGUCUCUUUAGAAUUAAUAUAUUGAAAAAAUAACUCUACAAAUUAAUAUAUUUACCAAUUUCAAUUACGAAUGAAUAUCUAAUAAUUAAUAUAUUCAGAGACAAAGUCCAAAUUUAAUAUUUAUUUAGAAAAUAAUUGGAAGAUGGAAAAAAUUGUAAUUUUUAAUUUAUUCGAAAAUUGCAACUUUUAAUUUAUUUGCAAAAUUCGUAUAUUUUUUUUAAUUGAAUUUUUUUUAUUCGAAUUAAUCGUGAAAACCAAAGUAGUCUGAAGAAAAAUAAUUCAGUAUUUAAUCAGUGAAUUUUGAUAGAAACGUGUGCAAUGAAUUAGCAUCGAAUUUUGAAAAUAUUUUGUUGGAGAAAACAAAAUUCAAAGGAGUGAAAAAUAAUUAUUUAAAAAAAAUAAUUAUUCGAAAAAGUAAUUAUUUUU